AUGAAUAGAUCCUCGACAGACUCGACCCCCCCUACGCCGUCGAACGACGUUUUCACGACAAGGAGGGCCAUGGUGUCGUUUGAGAACCUCGUCGCGUUGGCGAACCACCAGGAGCGACUGCGGGAGGCGGGUAAGAUGGUAUGGCGUGUUAGGGGAGAGCCUGUGGUUGAAUUGCAUGACUUGGGUGGGUGUCUGAAGCAUGCAGCUACCGGUGGAAUACGCUCUGGUGCUCUCGCUUUCAACAUACGGGCUGCGUUCAACCUGAUAUUGGUCUUCAUCAGGCUUCGCUCGAUUCCCAAAAAACAACGGCUUCCUAUCAUUGGUCGUGCCAUUUUUGGAAGAGAUACAUGGCGGUUCGCUGCCAUGCUUGGGACAUUUACUUCUGUCUAUAAGUUCCUUAUCAAUGCCUUGCCUCUCCUUAUGCCUACAGUUAAGUUCCCAUCUAAUCCAUUCUUCGAUGAUGACGAGGCAGCGUGGCAUACCGUCCAAGUCCCUAUUCCCUCUCCCCGCCACCGCCGACGUUCUCAACGCUUGUCACUGAGCACACAAGCUCAACAGGUUUUGGUGCGUAAGAAGACGAGAAGAUGGCAUGCAGCUCUCGCUGGUUUUGCGGCCGGCGGGCUGGCUGUAUUGUUUGAGACUCGUGGAAGGAGAGUUACAAUAGCUCAGCAGAUGUUUGUCCGUGGUCUGCAGGGCUCUUUCAAUGCAUAUACUACCGCCAGGAAUAUCACAAUACCCUUUGGAGAUGUAAUAUUAUUUGCGCUGAUUAAUGCGCAGGUCCUGUAUGCCUCGUUUAUGCGACCUGAUACACUACCCAAAUCGUAUCGCGCUUGGAUCGUCAGAGCAUCACAAGUUCCCAAAGAAGGUGUCGACAUGAAUUACGAUCUAAUGCGGUCGCGUACGUUUAACUCGACUGAUUUGGACAAGAUUCUUUAUAGUAACGUCACGCCUGAGAAUGCUGCUUCACUGCUGGCAAAGAAAGAAGCUUUUUACCUCGGUGCUCCCAACUCCAUAGCCUCGUCUGAGGCAGGCUGUCAUUGCCCUUGCGAAGCUCUUCAUCCUGGCCAGUCGUCAUGUUGGGACGUGCCUUCGGCUCGUUUCUUUGCAGUGGCCAGGUUUAUGCUACCUGUUUAUGGCGCUCUGCAUUUUCUGCCCCCAAUCUUAUUUCGAACCAAAGCCUUCAUACAAGAUCCCUUAAAGAUUCUCGCGAAAGCAGGUUUCGGGACUGCCCGAAGCUGUACAUUCCUCGGGGUGUAUGUUGUUAUAUACCAAGGUUUCGUAUGUGCGCGACGCGUCAUCCACGAAUUCCUCACUUCUAUGUCACCUAGAUCAAUAUUCAAGAUACCGCAGUGGCUGGUGGACUUUUUGUUUAUGUCGAGGGCGGCGUAUUGGUGGCCUGGUCUCGCAACUGGUCUUAGCCUGCUUAUCGAAGAGAAGAAAAGGCGUGCGGAGUUGUCAAUGUAUGUCCUGCCGAAAGCUCUGGAGAGCUUCUGGAACAUCACGACAGGCAAAGUGCCUGGUGGGUUCAAGGGAGGUAAAGCUGGAGAAGCUUUGCUGUCGGCGCUGGGAAUGGCGAUGGUCAUGAGUACAUACCAGAUGGAGCCUCACCAUCUAUCGGGACUCGUAAGACGGAUAUUAUAUCAGUUCAUUGGAGCUAACUGA